AUGACAAAGCACUGGGGGGGUCAGAGCCUGUUGGCACCACCCGCCGUCACCUACCUGCCCUCUCGUAGCUUUAGGGCGCACCGCGACCAUCACCUUGACUUCGCUUCAGACGCGCAAGCAGGUAAUGCGCACUCAACCUGCCUUCAGACGAGCGUAGCCGGGAACACUCCGGCCCCACACUGGGACAGCAAACCCAGUCCUUGGCCGGCGCAGGACCCUCCCCGGCUAGAGAGGACCGCAGCUGUACCAGUCGCCUGUGGCACAGCGCCCAUGGACACAAUGAUGCCUCAGGACCGCAACCGUCAGCCGGCACCGUUCUACACCGCUCCACAGCGAACCAAGAACACACCAGUCAAGGAGCAUGGCAGCGCUGCGGAUACUUGGGACCAAGAGGGUAACCCCAAAGGCGGCAGGAAAAAGAAUUAUCAGCGGUACCCCAAACCACCUUAUUCGUACCUCGCCAUGAUCGCCAUGGUCAUCCAGAGCUCCCCCGAAAAGAGGCUUACCCUGUCUGAGAUUCUGAAGGAGAUUAGUACCCUCUUCCCAUUUUUCAAGGGGAAUUACAAGGGCUGGAGGGAUUCUGUGCGACACAAUCUUUCAUCGUACGACUGCUUUGUAAAGGUGCUAAAGGAUCCCGGAAAGCCCCAGGGGAAGGGGAAUUACUGGGUGGUAGAGUUGAGUCGGGUGCCUUUGGAGCUCCUCAAGAGGCAGAACACAGCUGUCUCCCGGCAGGACGAGACCAUCUUCGCGCAGGACCUGGCCCCUUACAUCCUGCACGGCCACACCCUCCGGCCAGAGGUCACGCCCCCUCUGCCCACCCCGCCCGGCAGGGAUGACCCGUCCCCUCCGGAGGAGCUGUACCGCCCCAAGCUGGACUCCUCCUUCGCCAUCGACUCGCUCCUGCACAGCCUCCGCCCUGCCAGCGCGGCAGGGGAAGCCGAGAGGGGCAGGGACUUGUGGGCGGAGCACCCGCGGGCGCCCCCAUCCCCACCGCAGCCCCGUUACUCCUCCUCCGCCCGCAGCGCCUCGGCCAGCUCGGCAAGCCCGGCCUCCUCAUCCUCCUCUUCCUCCUCCGACGAAGACUGGGGGGGUGCGUCCCGUGAGAGGAAGCGCAGGCCCCGGGGGGAGGCUGGCUCGGACGGGUACGACGAGUGCCGCCCGCCCCCAAGCAAGGCAGCCAGGAGGAACGCAGCACCCCCUCCCUGGGAGCUGCCCACCUCCUACGCCAAGUAUGCCCCACCCAAUGUGGUGGCGCCGCCCAGCAUGCGCUUCAAUGGGGGCCCGUUCCUGCCACUGGGGGGGUUGCCCUUCUACAGCUACCGCGGGCCCCCUGCCUCUGCGCCCAGCCACUUUAUGAGCCACUCCUACUGGCCCCUCCUACCCAGCGGGCAUGUCCCCCUGCAGGCCCCACCUCUUCUGAUGGACCUGGACAGCCUGCUGCAGUCUGUGCCACCCAACAAGAGUGUGUUCGAUGUCCUGGGUCCUGCCAACCAGACGUCGCACCCGCCACCAGGACAAUACUCCCUGCAAAGCACCCCUCCCCUCUCCCGAUACUCUCAGUAUUAA